AUGCGCAUGACCAAUUUAAGCGCAAUGAUACGGAAAAGUAUCCAGAUUUCCUAUCAAUCUCUCUUGAAACUAGCAUUAAUUGCAGAUGAGCAAGAGUUUGAUGUAGACUUACUGGCUCAUGACUGUCGCAACUAUACAGAUAACUGGACAUGGUCACAAAGAGGAGAUGGCAUCACCGACGAAGGCACCGCUACAGCUCAAUUACUUGACAUCCAGAGUGAAGAUAAUGCUACAGCGCGCAGUGGCCAGGUGCAGAGUUACUGCGUUAACUUAAUAUAUAUACCUCUGAUUGCGAGACUCGACCAGAUUAAUGGCUGCGAGGGAUACUUUGCAAUCCCAGCAAAGCAUGACAUGCGCAAGAGACGAAUGUGUCCGUCCGUUUCCUCCGGCGGCUACCUUGAGCUACAGCUAUCUUACCCAAACCUGGCUGGAAAGGGUAUCAUCCAACAUCUGCCAAAUCUCAAUAGGCUAAUUAUCUUGUGGUCUACUCCUAAUGGCCCUUGGGGGAUGCAGCUAACCUGCUCUGGAGGCCGAGCUAUCUGA